AUGCAUAUUGCCUGCAAAUUAUUCCAAUCUAAUGUUUACCUUUUUACAGCUGUGAAGAAAGUGGACCUUGCUUCAAAAGAUAGGAUGAAGCCAAAGCUUGCUCCAAAAAGAAUCAUUGGAGCACAAGCCGGGAUACCAAAAAGUCAGCCAAAACAAAUUACUGGAACACAAAGAUUGGGAGGGUUGAAGCAGGAUAAGACACAAGUCACACAGCCUAUCACCAGACCUACAGAUGGAGCAUCAUUAAAGCCUCCAAAAAUUAGCACAAAGUCGCAACCUGUUUCUGCAGGUGUAUCCAAAAGGGCUUCUUUGGAUAUCUCACGAGUCAAAAUUGAUAAUAACAGCACGAAAACUAGUACAGCUUCUGUUAGAGGGGCUCAGACGCCAAAAGCAUCUGCCUCAAAUAAUGCUAGUAGGGUGUUACCGAGACCUGCUAUGUCUAUGAAGGCCCCUUCUGUCGGCUCUUCAGCUGCGAUGAGAAUACCUUCAACAAGAUCUUCAAGUGAUAGCUCUGGAAGUACUUCAUCGGACAAGACAGCUAAAUCUUCACUUCCUGCAGCGAGGAGAAAGGUGGAUAGCAGCAAACCUACUGCUCAACCUUCUGCAAGUGCAAAACUUAGAACCCCUUCAAAAGCUGCAUUGAAGAGUAAAGUACCGUCUGGGAAUUCUGCCGUCUCAGCUUAUCUGAUGUCCACUAAGAUCAACUCAAGCAUAUCGCCUGCUAGUUCUAUUAGCGAGUGGUCUUCAGCAUCAUCGUCAUCUUCUGCUGCCAUGAACCAAAGGUCAAGUAAUUUAAGGAUUAGCCUUGAUACCAGCUCCUGCAGAUCAUUUGACAGUGACACCUCAACUUUGGAUCUGAAGAAUCAUUUAAGUGAUCAGACCUCAAAUAAGCCCGAAAUUGUGGGAACACCUUUAACUAGAGGAAGUUUAAAGCAAGCAGGCACAAUAUCUCGUCCGGCCUCUAUGAAACCAACGGGACUGCGGAUGCCAUCUCCGAAGAUGGGUUACUUUGACGGGGUGAAGGCAGUCCAUACUCCUAAUGGUUCUCAUCCCAGUUUGUCUACUGUGCUGCCCAAGACUGAAGUUACGGUCUGCAGCCCAAACGGAAAUUCAAACAUGAAAGCUAAGAGUGUAAAAGUUCCACUUAGGGCAAACAGAAAGCCUGAAUCUCUGAAGCACCUCUCUCCUGUGUCUUCCUCAGACAAGUCAAAUGUUUCAGUUAAUCACUCUACUGCACUGCCCAAGACUGUAGCUACCAUCUGUAGCCCAAAAGGAAACUCAAACACGAAAGCAAAGAGUGUAAAAGUUCCACUUAGGGCAAAUAGAAGGCCUGAAAAUCUGAAGCACCUCUCUCCGGUAUCCUCUACAGACAAGUCAAAUGUUUCAGAUAAUCACCCUGGUGCUCCAAGUGAUAUUACUCUUAUUCCUGAGUUAUCUCUUGAAGUUCAUCAUGAAAUAAGUGGAGCAAAUACUUUGAAAAAUAUGGAUGUGGUGGCUGAAGAAGCUGAUCCAUUUGAAAACAUUCGAAGUGCUGGUUUGGUUGUUUCUGAGAGUGAAAACCAAGGCGCGGUGGGCAAUGAUGCAGGUGCUAGUUUGGUUGCAACUAAGAGUGAAAACCAGGGCGUGGCCAGCAAUGAUACAGGUGCUAGUUUGGUUGCAACUAAGAGUGAAAACAAAGGCGUGGCAGGCAACGAUGCAGGUGCUAGUCUGGUUGCAACUAAGAGUGAAAAUCAAGGCGUGGCCAGCAACGAUACAGGUGCUAGUUUGGUUGCAACUAAGAGCGAAAACCAAGGCGUGGUGGGCAAUGACACAUGUGCUAGUUUGGUUGCAAUUAAGAGUGAAAACCAAGGCAUAGCAAGCACUUUGAACAAUAAGGAAGUGUUGGCCGAAGGACCUGAUACAGUUGAACACGCUGCAGCUGAUGGUUUGGUUGGAAUUAAGAGUGAGAACCACGUCAUUGUGAGCAAUGAUACAGUUGUGAUUGAGAGUGGAAACCAAAGAGCAAGUACCUUGAACAAUGAGGAAGUUGUGCCUGAACGACCUGAUACAUUUGAACACGUUGCAGGUGAUGAUUUGGUUGAAAUUAAGGGUGAAAACCAAGUCAUUGCAAACAAUGAUAUGGAUGUGAUUAAGAGUGAAAACCAAAGAUUAGCAAAUUCUUCGAAUGAUAAGGAAGUUGCGGCUGAAGGACCUGAUUCAGUUGAACACGUUCCAGGUGAUGGUUUGGUUGCAAUUAAGAGUGAAGACCAAGUCAUGGCGAACAAUGAUGUGGAUGUGAUUAAGAGUGAAAACCAAAGAUUAGCAAAUUCUUCGAAAGAUAAGGAAGUUGUGACUGAAGGACCUGAUUCAGCUAAACACGUUGCAGAUGAUGGUUUGGUUGCGGUUAAGAGUGAAAGCCUAAGUGUUUUGAACAGUGAUAUGAUUGCUGGUUUCAUUGCAACUAAAGGUGAAAACCAAGGACCCGAUUCAGUUGAACAUGUUCCAAGUGAUGGUUUGGUUGUGAUUACAGGUGAAAGCCAAAGUGUUUUGAACAGUGAUAUGGUUGCUGGUUUGAUUGCUACUAAAGGUGAAAACGUACGCGUUAUGGAAAAUGAAAUGAACUGGGACACUACUGGGAAUACUGACAUCAAGACUGCGGAGGUUGUUUCAGAUAAGAAGGAUUCAAGUACUGAAAACAAUAGACGGUGUGAAACAGUUGAUGGAGAUGGAGUAGGUGUUCAGUGCAAUCUUAACUAUAAUUCUGAUGUGCUCAUCCAGAAGAAUGAGAUGAACUUGGAGGAUAGUUUAAAUGGUGACUUCAAAAAUACCAAGAUUGAUCAAGUUGAGGACUCAACUAUCAAGGGUGCUGAAAUAAUGCCAUCGUGCCAAACAGGGGAUGAAGACAGAGUAGAUGUCAAGGAUGAUUUGAAUACUCUCGAGAAAACAAAUACAAAGAAAAAUGUUUACCAACUAAACAGUCAGGCAGCAGAAGUCAGCACAACCCCAUUUAGCGAUAAGGUUGAAUCUCUAAUGAAUAAGUUGGCCUAUUUGUCACUACAUACCCCUGACGCAGCAGCAAGGAUGCCAUUCGCUAUCAAGAAUUCUUCCACUGAUUUUCUUGAUUUUUCUGAAGAAGCUGUCCAGGUAGUUGGGAAGACUGAUUUAGAUCUUCCUUCUUUAGAAAUUGAUCAUAAAGAAAACAACAAUUUAUGAGAAUGGCCAAGCAUGCUUUCAUUGCAAGGUGGUUAGGCUUCAAGUACAAGAAGGCUAGUUUCAGCAGGUGGCAAAGGCAUCAGUAUUGUAUAGCAUUUGAGGAAAGGCUUAUCUGAUGCAAGAUUCUUCUGCUUUCAGCUAAGAUCAAGGUUUUUGAGAACAUAUCUUUUUUGAUGUUCAAGUACUGAUUUGUGUCACAGAUACAUUUACAUAGAUGUAAAACCUAGAAAUCUUUUCUAGUAAGAUUUUCAAUCAAUCUCACAAGGUGCAAUUGUCUUUGCAUUAAGAAGUGUUUCAGAGAAUUAAAGUUUUCAUUAUCCACUUCAAAAGGAAAUAAGCUGGCAUUUUCUUAUUCUUUUAGAUUUUCCUUAUAAAUAGU